AUGACAGAAAGGGAUUACGCUCCUUUAAGCCCGGCCUGUGUCCGGGGUUUAUGUGACAAAAUAUAUGAAAAAAGGAAAUUUGCUGGCGUCGAAAUAGAAAAGAUGGUGAAAGAUUUUAGUGAUACAAAUAAUACCAAUCAAAUUAAAAGAUUGAUACGUGUACUUGGGCAAGAUUUAAUAUCAUCAACCAACCCUAAUGUAAAGAACGGUGCUCUCAUGGGCCUUUCAUCAGUAGCUGUAGGAUUAGGAAAAGGUUGUGAGUCAUAUGUGGGAGAGUUGACACAUCCAAUUGUGGCAUGUCUUGGUGAAAGUGAAGCUCGUGUUCGUUACUCAGCUGCUGAGGCUUUAUACAAUGUCUUGAAAAUUGUUAGAGCAGCUGCAUUACCAUAUUUUACCCUAAUAUUUGAUUCAUUAGCUCGAUUGGCAGCAGAUCCUGAACCACAAGUAAAGCAAGGAGCUGAACUUUUGGACCGCCUUGUAAAGGAUAUAGUAACAGAGAGCGCCUCAUUUGACCUCGCUGCUUUUGUACCACUAGUGCGCGAGAGAAUGUACACUCGCAGUGCGAGCGCACGUCAGUUUGCGGUUUCGUGGAUAUGCGCAUUAGACGCUGCACCCGCCCUUGGUCUAAGGAAGUACCUGCCCGAUCUAUUGGAUGGACUGUUUACUAUACUUGACGACCCCAAUCCAGAAAUACGACGCAUGUGCGAAGUACAGUUAAAUGAGUUUCUACGCAGCAUUAGGAAAGAGCAUUCGCAAGUAGAUUUUCAAGCCAUGAUCAAUAGUCUAAUUACCCAUGCGCAGUCUUCAGAAGAAUUACUACAGUUGACAGCUAUAACGUGGAUGCGAGAGUUUGUAGAGCUGUCGGGAGCUCGUAUGCUGCCCUUUGCUUCUGGCAUCCUCACUGCCGUACUACCCCCACUCGCCUACGCAGACGACCCCAGAAAAAGUAUCCUUUGA